CUAAGAUAUUUUCGAGAUUAUUUCCGAGAUCUUACUACGUACGAAUCAUUUAUUUUUUUGACUUAAAUCAAUCAAGAGUUUUUUUUUUAAUUUUUGCAUUUUUCACUGAAAUGAAUGGACUGUUAAUGACAUCUUUAUUCACAUUUGGUGUCUUAUUAUGGACAACAACGACAUUCACAUCCGCCUUAUCAUGUGAUUCGUGUGGCCAAGAAUGUGCAGCCGCAUGUGGUAGCCGACAUUUUCGUGCCUGUUGUUUUAACUAUUUACGUAAACGUAAUGGCGGUGGCGCUCCUAUUGAUGAUAAUAGUGAUGACAGAAAUGAUAGGCCAUUAUUACCACAACAAUAUGUUAUACCAGGUCUACGAUUAGAAUUAUGGCCAGCAAAACUUAUAUCUUCACAACAUAUUGUACAACAAAUACCAUAUUAUGCAGAAUUAUCAAGAACAUCACGUGACAUUUUACAUCAUCAACAAGCACAACCAAUGAAAGUAUCAUCUACUGCGUUAACAGCAAAGAAUACUAAAAUAAUGGAUAAUGAGGAAAAUCUUCCAGAGAAUUUAAAUAAUUCAUUGAAUAAUAAUGAAAAAACAUUCUAUGACGAAGCUUAAGAUACGCGACGACCCUAAUAUGACGACUUUUUGCAAUACUUAGAUAAUUGUUACAGUUUAGACAUGUGAAAAGUUAUAGAACAAAACAUUUUCUUUGGCGUCAAUUUAGUUAUUCAAGGGCUUUUCCUAUUAAAGUUCAAGAACUUCUCCUUCCAGGCGGUAUGAAAAUUUUUUAAUUGUUUGGCGAAGCUCUAAAUUGGGGAAUAUUUAUUGAGGAAAUCUCAUUUAUGUAACAAACAACAGACAACAAGAUUUGUUUGUAUCAUUUUCUAGUAAAACUGAAUUUCGCUUGAAUUUCUUAUGCCAACGACGUCAAUAUAUGCCCAAUCCCUCUGUAUAAUAUCUUUCUAAUUAGAAGUAUAAACUGCCUAUAUCAUCCAUAUUUCGUGGCCGAUUCACUUUUUGCCCUCUCUUUUACGGUAUUUUCAUAUUUUGCUAAGAAAUAAUGUAAAAUUUAUUCGACACUCGAAAGCAUUCGUUUUAUUCCACACUCGAAAGCAAACUUUUUAAAACGUGCGGUUACUCCAGUUUAUAGCAAGAAAAAUUAGCAAGAGAUUCGGAUAAUUGCCUGUGUUUUGUAACCCGUAUAAUCGAUUUUUAACGGUUUUAUCUAAAAGCAAAAAUCGAUUAUACGGGUCAAAAAACAUAGGAAAUGACCUGAAUCUCUUGUUCAUGUCUUCACUAACGAUUGGAGUAACUACACGUUAAAAAAGAGUACAAACGAAAGAACAAUUUAGGUAUUCGCUGCCGGGCGUUCUCUCAGAGGAGAAAAAUUGUCUAUUUUCUAAAUUUUCUACUGUGAGUUUUAUAUUAUUUAUUACACUCAAAAUUUCACUGUCUCGGGAAUAGUCUCAAUUCAGUCUGAAUGGCCCAUACUAGCCCUUGUAGAUUAACAUAAAAAAAAUUUGGGAAAAAUAAUUUCCGCGUUUCUCGUCUGAAUAACUAACAAAUUAAACAAAGUUCUAUAACAGUAAUUAUAUGUCUAAAUUGGAACCAUUUCGAAUUUGGAUAUCCACACAAAAGACUAAAUAAAACAAAGGUACUAUUUUAUGAUGAGCGAACACGGGUGAACAUAAAAUAUUUACCUGUUUAUAGUAUGAUCAUAAAAUUUGUGGUGUUUUUUAAAUAUAUAUUUUUAUUCUUUUAAA